UGACAGAAUCUCGCUCGUCGACGCAACUUGAAUGCCGUCCGUGACCAUCGGUAGUUCCGCGUUCUGUCGCCGCAGUGGCGCGUCGCUCUCGUCGCGACAGUAUCGCUCACAGUUCGUAGAGAGUGGACGUAUGUCGGUCGGGUAUCGGGCUUCUAUUCUCACACGAAACAAGUUUCUGAUAGUAUUCUCGCGGGAUUACGUUCUGGACCUUCUAUCAUUUUAGAAUCUUAACAAUGGCUUUAACUAUUAAUCUUAAAAGUACUUUUUAAGAAAGUAUCGUAUUAUUUCUGACUGUAUUUGUGCAAUUUAUAGUUUCAUUUUAUCUUGAUCGAACGAUAUUUUAUGUUAUCGAAAAGACGUGAAAAAUAAUUGUUUUUGCCAGUGGACGCUAACGUUUAAGUUUGAAAUUUCGGUUGUUUUGUUUUAUUCGAGAACGAACAAAACGUUGAAAAGAGACAAGAUGAGGCUCAAGCGGGUGGGUGCGACAGGUGUGACGACUUUGGUGGUUCUGUUGGCAACAAUAACAGGUUGUCUAGCCCAAAACCUGAGGAUACUUCCGAUAUCGAAACAGCAGACUGUGGCAGUUGGGAAGUCUGUUGUACUUACCUGUCAAGCUGAUGCACCUGAUCCGGCACUGGUCACACAGCCACAGUGGAGGGACCCGAAAGGACAGAUCAUCAUGGAAGCUGCUGCUGGAACUCGUCCGGAAAUAUACACAGAAGCAAUGCCUGCCAAACAGCUUCAAUUGUUGUAUAUAUCCUCGAUAACGCCUGCAAUGGCUGGAAACUAUUCCUGUGAGGCUACUUACACGAAUAUCCCUCUUAGCGCCAGCGUUAUUUUGGAUACAUUUGUUGCUAUCACUUGGACAAAUGCUAAUGAGAACCAGUAUGCAACCAAAGGCAAAGAUUUUAAAGUCAUGUGCGAGGUUACAGCCGAGCCUGCACCAUCAGUAGAUUGGUUUAAAGAAGAAAAUCCCAUCGUAACUGGUGACAGAUACGUAAUUCACGCUAAUGGUCUAAUGAUUAAAAACGUUCAAGAAAGUGAUGAUGGUACAUAUACUUGUAGAGCUGUCGUAAUGCAAACUGGUGAACUUGCGGAAAGGAACAUUAAACUUGAGGUUUACACCGCACCAGAAAUGGAAGAACGAGAGACGACAGUUAGAAUCAAAGAGGGAGAAUCAGCUGCAAUCACUUGCAAAGCGAGAGGAAAGCCGCCACCAACAUAUACUUGGAUUAAAGCUUCGACACGCGAGAACCUGGCUACUACAUCACGAUUCAACGUUAACGAAAACACUGGACUCUUAACUUUUGAUAGAGUCGAAGCCGCUGAUUACGGAAAGUAUAUUUGCAGUGCGGUUAAUAAGGCUGGUCAAAACGAAACCGAAAUAGAAGUCGAAGUACUUGUGAAGCCAAGGAUUUUCGAACUCUACAAUACUACUGCUCCCGAAAAACAAGAAGGCAGACUGGAGUGUAAAGCUACUGGUCGUCCAGCACCUCGCAUUAGUUUCCGUAAGCGGAGCAAUAGUGAGCGUUUUGUUAAUGGACCAAAUGAUGGUGGAAGGAUCACUAUUGAGACCAGCAGUCAUCAAUCAGGAGAUCAAAUUGAAUCUAGCGCAGUAAUCAUGAUUUCGAAUUUGAAUAGAACUGAUGAUGGUUUAUACGAGUGCAUUGCUGAGAACGAUGCUGGUGAAGCUUGGCGAAACGGCCAUUUGGCUGUGCAGUUCCGGCCAACCUUUGAAAGGAUGCCUACAGUACCGAUAUGGAGUUGGAAUGGGCAAACUGUAAAUUUGACGUGCGUCGCUGAGAGUAUUCCCAAUGCUACGAUCAAGUGGAGGUUCCGUGACGCUGAUCUGGUAGAAACGCCCCAUAUCAAAAUCUUUGGGUCUGGCCCAAUAAGCUAUGUCACAAUCACGCCACUGGAUCGUGGACUGUAUGGAAUAUACAAGUGUGUUGCUACCAAUACUCUAGGAGAAGCAGAGCAUGUCAUUCAGUUCAGAGAAGCUUUUCCUCCCGGACCUGUAGUACAGGCAAGACAAGAAACUAUCACAGCAACCUCAGUUACGUUCAAUAUUGUUGGACCUGCUGAAGAUAUGGGUCCGCCGAUCUUGGCUUAUGUUGCCCAAUUCAAAGAAAAUGCAAACUUCGACUGGAACUUAGCACAGAACCGCACGUGGUCGGUUAAUUCCCCAUACACUGUGGAAAACUUGAGACCAAUGUUUACCUAUGACUUUAGAUUCGCUGCAGUUAAUCAAGUUGGCAUUGGUAGUUGGGGAUCUCCUAUUACGGUUAUCAUGCCAAGAAGGUCACCACCAGAACAGCCGAAAUGGAGAGAGAACCUUAGCUCGGAAUCGCUUAUUCACGGAAAAUACGCAGACAGAUAUGAACUGAAGUGGAAAAUACCCGCUCAUAAUGGGGAGCCUAUUGACAUGUACGAAAUCCGCUAUUGUCCGGUUUUGAAGAUAAGCGGCGAAUGGCGUGUGUCGUCGGAAAACGAGUGCGUUACCCAAGAACUUAAGUCAUUCGAAGCCAUUACAUACGAAGUCAGAGGGCUACAUCCGGACACUCGUUACCGCAUUCAUCUGCGGGCUCAUAACCAGCUCGGUUUCUCACUGCCCGCCCAACUGUACGUCCAAACUGCUCUUGGUGUUGAACGCUCUGGUUUUGCUCACGCGCAACUUCUAUCGAGCGGGGCAAUUAUAGGGCUGUCUUUGGCUGGCGUCAUCAUUUGCCUUCUCAUCGUGGAUCUCUUACUGCUGUGCUUCAGAAAACAGGGAGUGAUUGCUACCCUGUGCGGCAAACGCGCGAAGAAACACAACGACGAAGAAGCAAAAUUGGGAAGUCUGUACGGUUGGCGCUUCCCGCUCCCUUAUUGCAGCAUGAAGCCGCGCGCGCCGCCGUCCCCCGCGCCCCUCCCGCCACCAGUCAAGCUCGUGUCUACUCCGACCUAUAUACCAACCACGCCAGUGGAUGAGAAGGAACCGUUGAAAGACACAGAUGAUGCAAUGAAGCGAAACUCCUCAGUGGAAUUCGAUGGACAUCGGGUCUACGCGACAAGCGGGGGCCCCAUCAUUGGCAAGAACUCUGCAGUUUAAUAUUGAAAAAAAAAAAAACACGAAAUGAGUAAUCUCACUUUUUUACUAUCGAUACUUAAUUAAUUAUAGGAAUUUUAUAUUUCACUUGCCGAGUUAAAGCUUGUGUAUUUGUGAUGUGCGCGAUCAGUAUUCGCAACUGCCAAAUUUGAGAAUUUGUGAAAUCAGCUUUAGGGUAAACACAAACUACAUUCAAAAUGAUAUUUCGUUUUUUUUUUAUUAUUCAUUUAAAAAAAUACAUAUUAUAUCGACAGUUAAUAAAUGAAUUAGAAAUAUAAUACGUAUGGGUAAUGUUUUAAACAACAUAACCUAUCCGUGUUUUUUACAUUUAAGGAUACGUAUGGACACAAUUCACAUAGAUUAUGUAGCUAACACUUUUUAUUCUUAGGAUAUUUUACUAUUUCAUUACACCGUUUCUAUUACAAUGAACGUCACAAAGUUAUAUACUUUAUAUACAUAUAUUUUAGUAAUCUAUUAUCAUUUGGGAACCAUUGGCAACUAAAAUGGUUACGUUUUGACAUUUAACACGGAACCCUAAAUGUCAUUCAAAUACGUUAUGUUGCGAUUCACAUUGAAACCUUUUAUUAAGAGUCGAUUUUAUUAUGCAAAGAAUACAGAUUACCGUUUUUAAAACUAAGUCAGUUCAGCUAUAUAUUUACAAGGGUAUUAUAGGAUUAUUGUAAAUAGCUUUAGAAUAUAAUCACCUUAAGUAACAUAUAUCGAUAGAUUCAUAUAUUCAAGAUGGCUCGCACGUCUUGUAAUCAUGCGGUAGCAUGUGCAGCAUUAUUGGCAGCCUGUUAGUAAUGUUUUGACAUAAUUUUUGACAGUGCUUCACCCGAUGCCGACUACUAGACUGAGGAUCGCGAGUUUUAUUCCUAUUUCAGGCAAAGAUUCGUGUCAGAAGCAUGUUUGUGUUAGUUCAGUGUGGUCACUGUACAAGUAUUUAUGUCAGUAUCUGAUUUCCGUUGAACAAUAUAUCCUAUUUUGGCAUCAGGUAUGUGAUUUGUUCUCGAUUUUAAAAAAAAUAUGAGUAUCAUAAGAAGCCACUUCCGAUGUUACGUUAUAAUCCAAGUGAAUUUAUUUAAGUUUUAAUGUCUCUCUCUCUCUUAAAUUUUAAAUGUUUUAAUAUUUUAUUGCUAAACUAUAAAAUCAAAUUCGUUAAUAGCAUAUUAGGUAACUUAGCUUAAGUGAUUAUUGUAAAUAUUUAGGAAUGUAAAUAUAGAGUAAUACUUGUUUUUUUAGCCCCGCCAAUGUAUUAAUUCCCAAAAUAUCUUUCAAUAUUUUUGCAAAACCAUUCUUGUUAACUAACUUAACACGUUAACUUGUUAACUUGGCGUUUCGAACAACAAAUAUCUGUUAUAUUCUAGAGAUAAAUAACAGGUAUACAAAUAACAGGUACACCAAUAUCUGUAACAUAUUUAAGGUUAUAUAAUCCAGGUAAGCGUUUUUAUUUAAAAAAAUAUUGUGAUUUAAGAAAAUUUAGUUUUAAAAUAUUCCUCAACAUUACUUGUUAAGUAUUGCUUAAUUAGGAUACACCCAAGCUUUUAGGUUACUUUAAAUAUUUUUGAGAAAUGUUAGUCAUUGUAAUGGAUACUUAAAUAUAGCUACUAAAUAAGAAAUGACAGACGUGGUAUUGUCAAUCUCAAUUGACUAAUUAAAUAUUAUGUCUAUAAAAAAAGUACUUACAAGAUAUGAGUCGACUAUUAUCAAAGCCGGCAAUCUGACUUUUGGACAAUGAUUGGUAAAUCAGAAAAACGAAUUAUUGACUUUGUAUUCCAUUGGCAGUCACAAAACUCUUCGGAACGACAUUUUAGAUAAAUAACAGGUUAACUAUUAACCUUUAUUUAAUGCAGUUUUUGAACCGUAUUCUUUGAAGGAGGCGAUUAUAUUCAAAUCAAUCUGUAAUGACAUAUCAAUAAAAAAAAUUUGUCCAAAUGCACAGAUUGCCACCUUUGAUAAUAGACGACUCAUAUAUCUGUAACACACAACACACAUCACACAAUAAUACUAUUAGGACUGUUAUUCUUAAGGUUGAUGCUGAAGUCAUAAUCGUUACUUUUUUUUCUUUUGACCUAAGAGAUGUAAAAUACUUCAAAAUAAGUUUUUCACUGGCGAAAAAUUCAUAGAGAAUUUAUAUCAUCAAACACAAAAAAAACUACAAAUUAAUUUGUUUAUAUAGAAAUAUUAUUAAAACCUCAAUAUUGUAUUCUUCAUAUUUGUCCCAGAUAGGCAGAGUCCAAAUACAUGUUAGUGCCCCAGCGUAACACCUUUGAGACAUUUGUUCAAGAUCAAUUCCAUAGUCAAAUGGCUCCUAUCCUUCAAACAGAAUGGGUAAUUGAUUAGUAGCAGAGUUACAUUGGAGAAUAUAUCUGCCUAUUUCAUAGAUUCACAAUACAAUCUAGCAUUAAUAAUUUCAUUUAUUAAAUACAUCACAUGACUUUAUCACGUAUUUAAUAAUGAUUUUUACUCAAUAAGACUACCGUUACUGUAUUGUAAUAAAGCUUAUUUAGAAUAAAUUAAAACAAAAUAUUUAUAAAUCGAGAAAUAUAAUAAAAUCGAUUUCGAAUUUAAUCGCUAGUUUGAAAAUGCUAUUUUGUACUUGAAUGAAGGUAGUUCACUAUUACUUAAGCAAAGCCAACUGGUAUUUAUUUAAAACUGUUCAAAAGCAUAUAAAUUGAAAAGCAUAUAAAAUUUAUUAAUGAUGAAAUAAGAAUGCUCAGAAUUUUCUAUUUGAAUAAGGAUAUAAAAAUAUAUUAAUUGUUGUUUUAAAUAUCAAUAUAUGGAGUUAUGAAAUAAUAUUUCUACGACACAAGUAAAAAAAUGAUUAAUCAGGCAUUUGUUUAUUUCAUAACCCAAAGUUCCGAAUGCAGUUUUCGUGCUGACGGCAAACUACAAAUAUUGUACCGUAUGUCUGCCUUUUAAUUAUAUUUACGAAUUUCUGAAUACUGGCAAUACAUUAUGUUAAAUAAGUAUGUUUUGACGAAAAUAUAAUUCAAGAACGUAUUAUUAGGCAAAUGCAGCAUAAAACGCUUUUGUUGUAAUGCUUGAAUCGACGUCUGUAAGCUUAAUACGAUGUUGAAUGUUUAAUAUAACCAGUGAUCUUGAUGCAUUUUUAUAAAAAUAAAUGUAUGAAAAUAA